GUUAAUAAAGAAAUUGAACCCCCACCCAGUAACUUACUAGGGACUGCCGUAUUCCUAUUGGCUUGUUAUUUUCCCCGCUUAUUCCGGUAAAUCAGAAACAGGAGAGAGAUAAGAGACAUUCCACAAUGUAUAGAGAGUACUAGAGAGAUAGCACUCAGAGCAGAGAGGGUACUAGUGUGUGUGUGAUAGAGAUAGAGAGAGGGAGAGGGAGUGAGUGAGUUUCAAGAGAUAUGGACUUCCUGCUGGGUUGGAGAGUAUUUCCUCUUCUAACACUUCUCGCAUCUUUCUUAUUCUUCUUCUACAUGAAAACAUCUUCUAAGCCCUCAAACAGUGAGUGUAGUCUUCUCCCUCAUGAUCGGUUCUGGAUAUUAAGUAAUAACAUAGUCACACCGACUGGUGUAAUUUCUGGAGCAGUUGAAGUUAGGGGUGGAAACAUUAUAUCUGUAGUUAAUAAAGAAAAUCAACAAUGGAAAAUCAAAAGCAAUGUGGUCGAUUAUGGGGAUGCCGUUGUCAUGCCAGGCUUAAUAGAUGUGCAUGCACAUAUUGAUGAGCCGGGAAGGACUGAAUGGGAAGGAUUUUCUUCAGGGACUAAAGCAGCUGCUGCUGGAGGUGUCACAACUUUGAUUGACAUGCCUCUCAAUAGUUAUCCCUCAACCGUGUCCGAAGAAACUCUAAAACUCAAGGUGGAUGCUGCAGAAGACAAAAUUUACGUUGAUGUUGGUUUCUGGGGUGGUCUAGUUCCCGACAAUGCAUUUAAUAGAAGUGCUCUUGAGGGACUUUUGAAGGCUGGUGUUCUCGGCUUAAAGUCAUUCAUGUGCCCAUCAGGAAUAAAUGACUUCCCCAUGACAAAUGCAAGCCAUAUCAAGGAGGGAUUGAAUGUUCUGGCAAAGUACAAAAGACCUUUACUUGUACAUGCUGAGGUUGAGCUGGAUUCUGAAAGUGAUUCCGAAGCAAGUGAUGGUAUCAAUGAUGUUCGAUCUUAUUCCACAUAUCUUAAGACUAGGCCCCCAUCAUGGGAAGCGGCAGCAAUUAGGGAACUAUUAGCAGUGACAAAGGACACAAGGACUGGAGGUCCUUCAGAAGGGUCUCAUGUUCACAUUGUUCAUCUCUCAGAUACAAGAGCUUCUUUAGAUAUGAUUAAGGGGGCAAAAAGCAGUGGUGAUAGCUUAAGUGUAGAAACUUGCCCUCAUUAUUUAGCAUUUUCUUCUGAAGAGAUUCAAGAUGGAGAUACCCGUAUGAAAUGUUCUCCUCCUAUUCGCGAUUCGGCCAACAGAGAAAGAUUAUGGGAUGCUUUAACGGAAGGGCAUAUUGACAUGUUAAGCUCUGAUCACUCACCAACAGUUCCUGAACUGAAACGUUUCGACGAAGGUGACUUUUUGAAAGCAUGGGGUGGCAUAUCAUCUUUGCAGUAUGUUCUUCCAGUGACAUGGUCGUAUGGGAGAAAAUAUGGAAUCACUUUGAAUCAGCUAGCUUCAUGGUGGAGUGAACGACCUGCUAAACUUGCAGGCCAGGACUUGAAGGGGUCUAUUGUAAGUGGAAGUCAUGCAGACAUUGUCGUGUGGGAACCAGAUACAGAAUUUGAGCUCGAUGACAACCAUACUGCAUACCAUAAGAAUCCAAGUAUCUCGGCUUAUAUGGGGAAGAGAUUAUCAGGAAAAGUUUUGGCAACUUUUGUGAGAGGAAACCUUGUGUAUAAAGAAGGGCAACAUGCUCCUGUUGCAUGUGGUGUUCCAAUAUUAGCAAAAUAAAUAAAAGUUUCAUUAGGUGUGCCGAAGUUUGCAUGGAUGGAAUGUGUGCUAAGUAUGCCUCCUUUCUCCAAAUGAUGUUGCCGUGUCUAUGCAUAUUGGUAACUAGAUUUCACAGAUUUCUGUAGCACUAUAUGGAUUACACCAAUAGGCCAAUACUUGUAAACUAGUAUUAUGAUUGUAGUACUGGAAUGUGCAUAAAACUAGGGCAUGAGGAGCAGUUGACAUCUGGGUCUGUAUCAUAUAAUUCAUUGCCUCCAGAAAGAAUUUACAACUGGCUUCUCAGGUGUUAUUGUGAAAACUUAUAUUACCGAUUUCAAAAGAUAAAUGUAAGUGAAUAGUUAUCGCUAUUCUUGAAUUGCUUCACACUGUAUUGGAAAUGAUUUCUGUUGUCCA